CGGCUCUCCCGGGUAUAUAAGGGCCACGCUGGCACAGUCAAGUAUCGUUCCCAGCGAGUCUUCACACUCUCCAGACAUGAAACUGGUACUCCUCGCCUGCCUGGCCGCCGUGGCCGUUGCCGCUCCCCAGUUCAACGACGGCCGCCCAAUCGUCCUCGUCCUCCGUGACGACCGUCAGGACAACGGCGACGGAAACUUCAACUUCGGUUUCGAAGCCGAUAACGGUAUCGCGGAGGAGAGGAGCGGCACCCCCGGUCUGGAGGGCCAGUCCAACAUGCAGGGCUCCUUCAGGUUCCCUCUCCCUGAUGGCACCUUCGCUGAGGUUCGCUAUGUCGCUGACGAAGGAGGUUUCCGCCCCGAGUCCCCGCUGCUGCCCACUCCCCACCCUCUCCCUGCCCACGCCAUCGAACAGAUCCGCAUCGCCGAGGAACAGCGUGCGCGUGGUGAAAUCUUCCAGUAACACACUCGCUGAUAAAUUAUAAGACACGUAAUAUGUAAGUUCAAAAUUCGUAAUAAAAAUCAUAUUUAAUAA